AUGGAGGCGGAGGUCGAUAAACUGGAACUGAUGUUCCAGAAAGCUGACUCUGAUCUGGAUUGCAUUCUAUACAGGCUGGAAUAUGAAAUUAAGAACAAUCAUCCUGAUUCAGCUGGCGAGAAAAAUCCAGUUACACUCUUGAAGGAAUUGUCAGCAAUAAAGUCUCGCUAUCAGACUUUGCAUGCACGCUUUAAACCACUUGCUGAUGAACAGAAAGAGACUAAGGGCCGGAUUUGUGUUACUUUGAAAAAGACUAUGACCAUGAUACAAGAACUACAAAAGCUAACAGACCUAGAGUUGUCACCACUGACUGAAGAAGAGAAAACUUUGGAAAAACAGUUUAAGUCUUACAUGCCAGACUUGUGA